CUCUCUCUCUCUCUCUCUCUCUCAAAACUCUUUCUUUGGUAUAGUUCUUCCUUUUAUCUAUUCUCCUUCAAAUCCAAAAUUGGUUCUGGAAUUCACUCCUAAUUGUUGAUUUCAGAGGUUUUGGCUUCUGGGUAUUGAUUUCUACCCUACUAGAGUAGUGCCAUCUUGGAGACAGAAUCCAAUAAAAUCACUGGGUCUAUUUUCUAGCAGAAUCAACAUAUGAUCACUAUGGAUUUUAAUGGUAUAGCUUGGGUUGGAAAUAUAUAUCAAAAGUUUGAAGCUAUGUGCUUGGAGGUGGAAGAAGUUAUGUAUCAGGACACAGUUAAAUAUGUUGAAAAUCAGGUGCAGACGGUUGGCGUAAGUGUCAAAAAGUUUUACUCAGAUGUUGUGCAAGAUUUGGUUCCUCCAUCUUGCAUAGAUCCUGUGAAAGUAGCUGCUGCUGAUUUGUCUCUGAACCCUUAUGCUGAUUUUGGGAUCUAUAAGAAACCAAAAGCAAGCAUCAAGAAAGGUACUAUAAAGCGCGAAAAGGAGGUUACUAAGGAUUCAAAAGUGUUUUCUGGUGCGAAUACAGACCAUAGUUCUUUCAGUGGACUGCACAAUGUAGAUAGAGGUUUUUAUGAACAUUCAAAUGUGCCUAUCAAAAGAAAAUCUACAAGGAACAAUAAUCUGCCAUCAGAAAUUUUAAGGUCAACCACUCCCCCAUCAAAAGAUUUGAGCAGGGUGUCAUCAUGCCAUGAAAUAGGUGAGAAUCAUGAAGUAGCAUGUGACCAGAUUGCUAUGAUAUCGUGUCCAGCUACAGUUGGUGUUACAGGAUGUGAUACUAGUGUAGCAAAAUUUUGUGACAAUAUUGCUGGCUCAACUGCGUCUAAAGAUGAUACCUCAAUUGAUACCCCGAAAUCCAAAAUGAUUUUACCAGUUGAAUCUGGUGCUAAGAAAGAAACAAAACUUAGAUGUACAUCCUCCAACUGUGGGUCUAAUGUGUUAUCGGCAGAACUAAAUGGCAUGAAUAGUGGAGUGGUUUCUCUGAUAGAGUCAUACAUUAGUGGUGAUCCACAUUACAGUGAAUCUGCUAGUGAGGACUAUUUCUCCCCUACAGGAAGAUCAGGUGACUGUAAUAUAGAUGUGAUCGAGAAUGACGAUUGUAUAGUCGAUCUAGAGAUAGAAACCAUUGAACAAGUUGAGGAGUCAAAGCUGGAAGAAACUUGUGUAUUGGUGGACAGAGAAAACUUUUCUCAUGUCACUUGCACAAAAGAUAAACCUCGGUCAUACAAGAAAAAGAUCCAGAAAGCUCUAUCUUCAAAGAGAUCAGCAAGAAAGCAGGAGUACAAACAGCUUGCAGUACAACAUGGAGAUAUUGAUGUAGGUUCAAAUCAAGGAAGUGCAGAGAUUGUGAUGCUUACACAUACCACGGAUGCAGAUGCAGAUGCAAAGAAACCACCAUCUCAUGGCGUUUGUGAAUCUGAGUGGGAGCUUCUCUAGAUACCACUGCUCGAGAAGGCCUUUGUAAAUAAACAUUCCACUUGACUGUAUCUAUUGGCCACUCCUCGGAGAUCAAGUGGAUAAGGUACUAUGCUGGAUAUGAAAAAGGGCAUCUAAGUUUAUCCUUCAGAACAAUUAGAGUGAAGUGGGUAAAAUAGAAAAAUAACCGCCCUCUUAGUGUUUUAAUUAAUCAACAAUUUAUAAUAUGUUGAAUCCCAUGGAUGUAAUACGGCUUGUUACAUGCCGCUUUACCAUAUAAGAUGCAAACAUAUUCAAAGUUACUGUUUCUGCUCUGUUCUCGAUGUAUGAAUUUCCCUGUUCUUAUUUAAGAUUGUCUUUGUUCUUAUUGGUU